GGAGACCAGGGGACAGCCAGCUCAUUACUGCUUGUCACUGUCACUAGCCAAUUGGAGGAGCCAGCCCCUAUGACCAGCCCAGAGGAGGAGUGACUGAGGUGAAUGACAGGCCUGCCCUGCCCUACCCAGCACACGUUGCUAUUAGAGGGAAAUGCAGAAGUUAGUCUGUAGCACCGAGAAAGGAAGGUACUCAUUCACCUUUAUUAUUUGGGUUCCUGUUUUUGCCAGUGGUGAGAACCCCCAGAUUCAUUGCCCUGGUCCUGAAGCAGAAGGGAUCCCCCAGCUCAGACAUGGAUUUGACACUGGUCCCUUCUAUGUUUCCAGAACCUGCGUUUGGAGAAGUCAAUCAACUAGGAGGUGUAUUUGUCAAUGGAAGACCUCUACCCAAUGCCAUCAGACUGAGGAUAGUGGAGCUGGCCCAGCUUGGAAUCAGACCCUGUGACAUCAGUAGACAGCUAAGGGUAUCCCAUGGAUGUGUAAGCAAAAUUCUAGCUCGUUACAAUGAGACUGGAUCCAUUUUACCAGGAGCAAUUGGUGGCAGCAAGCCCAGGGUGACUACUCCAACAGUGGUCAAACACAUCAGGACCUACAAGCAAAGAGACCCUGGCAUAUUUGCUUGGGAGAUCAGAGACAGGCUCCUGGCUGAUGGAGUUUGUGACAAAUACAAUGUGCCUUCAGUCAGUUCUAUUAGUCGGAUACUUCGCAAUAAAAUUGGAAACUUGUCCCAGCAAUCUCACUAUGAUACACAUAAACAGCAUCAUCACCAUCAUCACCACCCAACAGCGUCCUCAGGUCUGCCAUAUAACCAUAUCUAUUCCUACCCAAACCCCAUUGCAGGGGCCAAAGUGCCCACACCUCCAGGUAUGGCCUCUCUCUCUGGCACCAUGGGUAUGCCCAGGACCUGGCCUUCAUCUCAUUCGGUUACAGACAUCUUAGGUAUCAGAUCCAUCACAGAUCAAGUCAGUGACGCUUCGCCCUAUCACAGCCCUAAGAUGGAAGAAUGGAGCAGCCUCAGCAGAAGUAACUUCCAGUCUGCCCAGCACAUGAUCAAUGGACUGGACAAGAGCUCACUGGAUCAAGAGGUCAAGUACAGCCAGGCAGCCAGUGGUAUUCCAGCGGUCAGUGGCUUUGUGGCAGCUUCUGGCAUGACCCCGUAUCCCACUGCUUCACCAGUCUCACCCUAUAUGACCUACAGCACAGCAGCGCCCACGGGCUAUGUUACAGGCCACGGCUGGCAGCACACAGGGGGCACCCCACUAUCUCCCCACAGCUGUGAUAUCACUGCCUCAUUGGCAUUCAAAGGCAUGCAGACAGCACGGGAAGCAGAAGAAUCCAAAGUGAACAUCCAAACACGCAAGUCACCACAACAAUACCAUACAUCCCAACGCCAUGGGACAGUUGCUCAUAUGCAAAGUGCAUAGAGACAAGUGACUCUUUGUCCACAAGGUGUUACCAACUGAUUUCUGGUAAAGAUUCAAUGGGCCAUGACAUCACAACAAACUCCGAAACAGCUGGAAAUUUACAAGAACUGCAUAUGUCAAGCAUGAUCAUCUGCCUCUUUCAUAUAGACCUAUGGUUACUUUGGAAGAUAUAUAUCAGAGGACAGAUUGUAAAGGAAACUUUUGCAAAUAAUUCUCCUUUUAUCAAUGCUGACUGAAAUACAUGUCACUUUUCACCAUAAUCUUUAAAGCCCAUGACUGCCCAGAAUCGUCUUGCUAUUAUAUUACUUUGUAAGUAAGAAACUAUAAAAAAAUGAACUCCUGAACUUAAUGUGAAGAGGAAAUGAAGUGACAUUGUACUUAAACCUCAUGCUGCUGAGUCUUUUUGCAGAUCUUCAGUAGCCGAUAUAAGAAUUUGGGGUUAUAAACCCAUAAAAGAGAGAGAGAUGAUAGACAUUAGGGUCUCUAAAAGUGGCUAAACCAGAUAAGAUCUGGAGGACUUCUUCAUAAACACCACUUGUCACCCUCCUAAUAUUAUAGAGCAGGACUCAGCAGAUCACUAUCUGGAUAAAUAUAAUAGACAACUCAUACAUAUCCAAAAGGAAAUGUGAAAGAAAUGAACUUUAUUAUGUUAUUUUAAUUAUUAUGGUCUAAUUUCAAUAUACAGAGGGAUAAAGGGUGGUUAAUAUUUUCUCUUAUCCGUAAAGCCAGAUAGAUCUUCAGAUAAUUGUUAAUAAAACCACAUUAUUGUGACUGUUUGGUCUUUGGAAAAUAAUCAUUGUCCACAAAAAAAUGUGUUUUGUUUUACAUAGCAAUUCCAUGGAAUAUUAUAAGAAUUCCUCCCCAAAUGGUAUAAUUAUAUGGUGCACUUCUUUUUGCCAGCAUGAUUGAUGCUGGACAUGAAAAUAAUUUGUCAGAAACUUGUAUAUUGAUUACACUACAUCUGUUGUCAACAGAAACGGUUAAUUUAAAGCACUUAAAGACUUGAACUGUAAAACAGUACUACGACAGCUCCAUCUGCCCUGAUGGCUAUUAGAUGUCUAUUUAAAUUAUGGGAAGAUAAUGCCCAACUGAGUGUAUUAAAGGGAUACUAAACCCAAUUUUUUUUCUUUAAUGAUUUAGAUAGAGCAUUCAAUUUUAAGCAACUUUCUAAAUUAAUUAAAUUAUAAAUCUUUCUUUGUUCUCUUGCUAUAUUUAUUUAAAAAGCAGGAAUAUGAAGCUUAGGAGUCGGCCCAUUUUUGGUUCAGAAGGUGGGUUAUGUUUGCUUAUUAGUUAGCCAAAUGUAGCAACCAAUAAGCAAGCGCUAUCCAGGGUGCUGAACCUAAAAUGGGCCGGCUACUAAGCUUUACAUUCCUGCUUUUUAAUAAAGAUAGCAAGAGAACAAAGAAAAAUUGAUAAUAGGAGUAAAUUAGAAACUUGCUUAAAAUUGCAUGCACUAUCUGAGUCAAAAAAGAAAAAAAAAUGUUUUAGUAUCCCUUUAAGUCACCACUGAUAUUUGGUUAAAUGGGCUUUGUAAUUUGCUACUGUCCCAAAAGGGGCAACCGUUAAUACUUAAGGCUACAACUGCAACCAGUGGAAUAUGAAGAAGGUUUUGAUAGUGUCCCUUCUCUAGCUCUGAAUGUGCCUUAUACUGAAAAAUAAAAUAAAAUGGGAAAAAACUCAUCCAUCUAA